AUGGAGCAUUCAAAGCCAGCUGCAGCUGAUUUUUGCGUGGAGGUUUAUGGACAGGAUUCGCGAGAGCUGCAGGAUCGUGGAUUUGUGAAGGGAAGGCCUGCCGUCAGAACCGCUUUCCAAGAUCCUAAACGCGGCUGGGCACCGCAAGAUGCCUUGUUCGUGGAUGACGGCGUGCGACACGUGGAAUCGGCAGCGGAGAACUGUGAGGUCAUCCGAGUGCAGGGCAAUGGCCUUUCAGUGCUUGAGCUGGACGCCAUUGAGGCCUCGCCUCACAUAUGGAGCCUUUUAAGCACCCAGAUUUGGUGCUGGAAAUCGGUUGCCAUUUUUAUUUCCAUUGCAAUUCAUCAUCAUUUUUAUCUUUCCAUAGUAAUUUCCAUACUAUUCUCAGUGAUUCCACAGCUCUUUCGCAGCACAGCAGCAGCAGCACUCACAAAAAAAAACGCCAGGCGGUUGCACGGGGUUGGGCACUCGGAUCACCGGUCGAUGGGUCCAGCAACCGGUGAAGAAACCAAGGCCAUAGAUCUGCGGAAGGCUGGCGGCUCCACCCCGAUGAGGUGCCGAUCCGAUCCGUGGAGGGCCUUAGGGCCGGCUAGGGUUGGACAUCUAAACCUGGGCUGA